AUGACGCUAACCGUGAAGAGUUGCUGUUGUUUUAGUUUGAAAACUGGCGGUAUAAUUAUUGGUGCCGUUGGCAUUCUGCUAAGUUUCAUCGUAAUCUAUGUGUUUGGCCUUAUAUACGCUCACAAUGCUAGUGUAUCGGAAAGUCGUUUUGACAGCAUCAUGAACGUGUUGAAAAUUAUGCCGUUUAUCGGCGUCAUAGUUCUCGAAGUGUUUUGGAUUUACGGCAUUCUGAGGGAGAAUCCAAAGCCAAUGUGUCCAAAGCUCUUUGUGUCGUUCUUUGCCCUCUGUAUUCUUGUUCCACUGCCAUUCGCCUCACUGUUUUAUUUUUCAAUCACUAAGGCGGAUCCAGCCACGGGCUCAGCUAUAUUCUUCUUGCUAUUUUGCUUAGCAGGUCUGGCUUAUUACGUGUGGAUCGUACAGUAUUCCUUAUUCAAGUCGAUAAAAGAAGCCGAAUUUGCCAAGUAUUGUACAUAGGAUGGAGAGUUGAAACGUCAACAAGUCAAAUCCAAGUAGAAUAAACUUUAUUCAAUGAAAUUGGCGUUUUUUACAAACAAAAUUCAUAUUUGAAAUUGCCUUGUUAGCAUUUUAAAUCAUUUAAAUUCAACAACGGAUCAAUUCUUCUAAUGACUCGUAACUAAGCACAAUUAACAGCCGUAGUUUUCAAUCAAAAUUUGGAUUAAAUUUUAUUUAGUGAAAUUUGUGUCAAGUUCCAAUCAAUACAGGUUGAAAAAUAAAUUUAAAAAAGAAAGAAAUAGUCAAUUGACCUUACUCGCAGUCUAUGAAACACACAAAUGUUUGAGAUUAAACUUAUUGUUAGCAUAAGUUAGAAUAAUUGUUUACUAAAACUAAAUGUACUCUGUAUACAAAGCCAUAUCGAUCCAAAAAGGCAUCAUACAUUUUCCAAAGCAAUAUAAAUUCAGUGAAGAGAAAACAUUUAUCUGAGAAAUAAAAUAACGUUUGUUCAAUAAGAAAUUUCAUGUUUUACUUUGUGAUUCAGAAAAUUAUUCGAAUUCAUUGCAUUAUUGUACUUCUAAAGAACAUUCGAAGUAAGUCCACCGCUGUUGCGAUAUACUGCAGUGCUCUAAUCCUGAUUAUUUUAAAUAAAAAAACGUAAAUGCAAUUUGAAAUUCAAGUCGACUAACAUGAAACAUUCAAACGACGAUUUUUUUUGUCGAAAAUAAAG